UGACGUUAUUUUACUGCGACUGUUUACGCCAGCCAACAACAUGGCGCUGUUUCCAGCCUUCGGUCAAGUUUCUAGUGACAACGUUGAAGAUUCGUCUGACGAAUUCAACUGGCUCAACAAUAAGAGUUUUCAGACCAGCGAUGCACUUUCUCUUCACCGUCGCUUUUUAGACAAUAAAAGUGAUGUGCCGUGCAGCAAAAACUUAAGUGAAAUACAGGAAGAUGAAGAACAUGUGCCUUCAAGAAAAAAGAAAAAGAAGCACGAAAAGCAUGGAAGAAAGAAGAAAAAACACAGAGAAAAGAGUAAAAAGUCCACAGAUAGCAGUGGAUCCGACUGUGAACCAAUCUUCCCUAGUGAUCUCAAACAAAAACAGGAGGCUGACAGGCCACAGGCUGCUCCAGUGUCAAGUUGUUUCUCAUGGUUGGAUGACCUACAGUCGCCCACAGCCCAGCCAUUUUGUGUCGACUGUAAAGCUGACCCAGCCAACUGGACAUAUAAAUCUCUAUAUAGAGCACAGGUAGCAAGAUAUAAGAGGAAAGGUGGAUCAUUACUGGGUCUGGACUGUGCCAAACAAGAAGUGAGAUGGGAGGUCUCCAGUAAAAAGAAGAACAAGAAGAGAGGAGCGGAACGAUACUUCUCUACAGAAUGUCGUCAGUUGCUGAAGUCUGAGCUCCCUCUUCUGGUAUUACAAAGACUUCCGGAAGGUAGCGACGUCGCCAGUGCCAGCUUCUUUCUGCCACUGGGUGGCACUGAGGAGGAGAAUAAAAGAGAGACUGGUGGCUGUGCACAGAGAUCAUCAGUGAACCCUCUUGGUGUGUAUGACUCCUCUACUGCCCUCUGGCUGCAGGGGAAGGGAAGGCAGGACCAGACAGAUCACCAUGACAACAAUGUGAAGAAUGAGCAAGAAUCUGUACUUUUGCCUGGCCGGACAGAAGAGUUUAACAGGCAACUUAGAGAGCAACCAGCAGACACGCAGCUGUGGUUGAAGUUUAUUCGGUACCAGGAUGAGUUGUGUGCAACAGUAUUUGGACUGGAAGAUGAGCAACGCGGAAGAGAUUCGUCGGAACGGCGCAAGUCGUCUUACAAAGCAGUGCUGGAGAAAAAGCUGAGCAUUGCAGAGCGUGCCGUGGCUACCAACCCCAGCUGUAUAGCUUUGCAGCUGGAGAGGCUCAGGAUCUGUCAAGAGCUUUGGGAACCGUCAGUUCUGGCUAAAGAAUGGAAGAAGCUGGUCUUCCUUCACCCAAAUAGUGGCCCUUUGUGGAGGGAGUAUCUUCUCUUUACCCAAAGCUACUUCAGUAACUUCAGUGUGACAAAGGUCAACUCUGCUUAUGGGAAAUGUCUCAGCACGCUCAGCGCUGUACGGGAUGGCAGCAUGGUGUCUCAUCCAGCCCUGCCAGGGAUUGAAGAUGAUAUGCUGGAUAUCCUCACCCAGCAGUGUCAUUUCCUUCGUCAGUGUGGUCACUCGGAGAAGGCAUUCUCCAUCUUUCAGGCCAUGAUCGAAUUUACGUUCUACAAACCCGACAGUGUACAAGGGCUGACCACAAAGCAACAGGCGGAGUUCUUUGAGCCAUUCUGGGACAGUGGGGAGGCAAGAGUUGGGGAGUGGGGUGCCAAAGGUUGGAAAGCGUGGAUGGUCCAACAAGAGAAAGGCGGUUGGCUGCAGCCCUGUGAAGAGGAAGAAGAGGAAGAAGAAGACGAAGAGGAGGAGGUAAAGGAUCGGAAACAGCCUCGAUGGACUGUGUGGCUGAAUGUGGAGUCCUCUCGUGAAGCUGCUCAUUGGUUGCCCUGGAGGCCCGACAAAGACAAGGGCCAGUCAGAAGAGGACUGUGACGAUCCAGAGAGACAGGUGUUGUUCGAUGACAUCGGCCCUUCUUUAAUAUGUUUGUCCUCUUCCGAGCUUCAGCUCCGCCUCCUCCUCAAUUUCUUGUCAUUUCUGGGCCUUCCAGUGGAAUCUGUUUUGUCAGCUAGCCCAUGUCAGCCUGGUCUGGUGCUGGAGGACCUUUCGCUGCUCACUCAGGGUACGGACCCCAGACAUCCUCUUACCUCCCACAACCUCCCCAGCCUUGGGGUGAACUCUGUGGGUCACAUGACCACACUCCAAGGAACCAGGAAGUGUGCAGGUCUGCGAAAGCAGGGUGAGAAGUUUGUGAGCAACAUGUUCAAUAUGCUCCAACCAGCCCUACCGGUCCAACAUAGAGCAACUCUGUCAUUCAGCAGAAUGCAGUAUGAGAAAAUGAAGGUGUUGUGUUGCGUGCACGGCAACAAAAAGCGUCUUCGCUUUCAGAGCAAAAGCAGCAAGCGGAUUGCCAAAUCGCUGCUCAAAGAACCCGACAACCGCUCGUCUUUGGCAAUGUGGCGGGAGUUCGCCCACUUGGAGUGGGUACUGGGUAACCUCGAAGAGGCACGGAAAGUGUUUUUCACAGCUACCACGCUUGGGGGCACAAAGGGCUUGUGCAACCCCACGCUCUGUGACUUGUGUCUGCUGUGGGCCCAGCUUGAGGUGGAGGAUGUAGCAAGUGGGCCAGGUGGAGUGCUCAGUGACGGAGCGCCAUCUCCAGCUGUGUGUCUACUAACUUUCCUGGCAGAAGGGAAGUCUUCUUCACCUUCAUCAUCCCCGUCUGUCUCCCCUGUUGCCAUCUUGAAAGCCAGGAAGUCGUAUGAACAAGCUCUGACUGCCAGUUUAUCUGCAUUGGACCAAGACCUCGGCAACGCUCAGGCCAACGGAAAAGGUCAAGCUGGUGUCGGAGAAGAGAAGCUGAGAUUAAAAGGUCUUGUAGGCUGCUAUGCUCUGUUCCAGUACCUCACUAUGGGCAUCCAAGCAGCGAGCACAGUUUAUGCCCAAGCCAGAGAACGAAUGGACAGGUUGCACCGCACGCUAACAUCAGACAACCUCUCACACAAUGAUCAAUCUAGCAGCCUGCUGAUUAAGCAGCUAGCUGUUGAGUGUGAGACGUUGGCGGUGCAGCAGGCAUUACUGCUCAAGUACCACAUGAGUGUCGGUGUGUUUCCACUGGCAACACUGAGAGACAUGCUGACCUCUGCCCUUUUUUGCUGGCCCAGCAGUGCACCCCUCUGGAGCAUAUAUGUACAGCUAGAGAACCAUUACCACAGUGCUGGCCGAGCACGGCGCUUCUUUUACGCCGUAUGCAGGGAUAGCAGCAGUGUUGUGCCACAGCUCUAUGCUAUUGUUGCUGAACAGCAAAGAAAGCAGCUGGUGGAUGCUGCACAAAGAUCCUGCGACAAAAGCGCCGCCUUGAGUGUCCUGCCCGAGAAUGGCCUCAGCAACCGUAUCCGAGGACUGUUUGAAAGCGCCAUAUUGACCGAAAUGGGUGCUCACUGUCCUUUACUUUGGAGGAUGUACAUUCACUACCUGGUGUCAGAGGGCAACAUGGAUAAAGCCAAGGGACUUUUCUACAAAGCUUUACAGAAUGUUCCCUGGGUGAAGGGUUUAUACAUGGAUGCAGUGCAGCUGUUUCCUGAGAAUCUACAAGAGUUUAUAGAUCUGAUGACGGAGAAAGAACUGCGACUGAGGCUGCCAUUAGAAGAACUUGAUAUACUACUGGAAGACUGAAACAAUCACACACAGAUAUAGCUUAGCAGUAAAGAAACAUGUCAUUCAUUUUUCAAUAUGAACCAGGAUUGAUUUGUGUAUGUCUACAAUUCACAAAAAAUUGUUAUUAGUUGUUGAUUACAAUAUAAUGUGUUUAUAAUCUGUAUGAUUACUUUAAGGUUUUAAUUAUAAAAUAAAGUAUAAUAAUUCAUUUUUUAAUGAAAUGUUCUGUACUUCUCUAGUUUUUCUCCUCCUUCAUGAUGGGACAAUUUAUUACACUGCAUUUGUUAUC